GCAUCAAUUUGAGAAGAAAACAGAGAGAGAAGAAGAAAAAAGUUGUUGGGGGACUUUUUGUAUUCUUCGGAGUGUUCAUUUCAGGACAAUCACACAUUUAAUCCAGAGGCGCAGCUCUUAGAAAUGGAUGACAUCCAGCUUGUUGAGUCCAAACCCCUGCUGGUUGACAGGGAACUGCCGGGCUUGAGAGAGGCUGUGCUGCAGCUCGUUAUCAAGGAGACUGAUGUGGAGACUCCUUAUGGAAGAAUCCACUGUACUAUGAAGGGGGUUCCCAAGGGGGAAAGACCAGUCAUCCUCACCUUCCAUGACAUUGGACUGAACCAAAAAACCUGCUGGGACACGCUGUUCAACCACGAGGACAUGUCAGAGAUCAUGCAGCACUUUGCCGUGUGUCAUGUUAACGCCCCCGGGCAGCAAGAGGGAGCGAACACCUUAUCCACUGGAUAUGAGUACCCUUCUAUGGACCAACUCUCUGAGAUCCUCCCACUGGUGUUGAAGCAAUUUGGGCUGAAGACUGUUCUGGGAAUGGGCAUUGGGGCCGGGGCAUACAUUCUGACCAGAUUCGCUCUGGACUACCCGGACAUGGUGGAGGGACUGUUGCUCAUCAACAUCAACCCAUGUGCUGAGGGAUGGAUGGACUGGGCUGCACACAAGAUCAGCGGCUGGACACAUGCCAUGCCGGACAUGAUCAUCAGCCACCUCUUUGGAAAGGAAGAGAUCCACAACAACCACGACCUGAUCGGAACAUACCGCCAACACGUCACAAAUCACAUGAACCAGUUUAACCUGCAUCUCUUUGUCAAGUCCUACGAAAGUCGGAGGGAUCUGGAAAUCGAGAGACCGAUCCCAGGAGGCAUCUUCAGAACCCUCAAAUGCCCUUCCCUGUUGGUGGUUGGUGACAGCUCUCCUGCUGUGGAGGUCGUGGUUGAGUGCAACACCAAGCUGGACCCAACAAAGACUACUCUGCUUAAGAUGUCUGACUGCGGAGGCAUGCCUCAGGUUGAGCAGCCUGCCAAACUGACCGAAGCUUUCAAGUACUUCAUUCAGGGCAUGGGAUACAUGCCCUCUGCCAGCAUGACCCGCCUGGCCCGCUCCCGCACCGCCUCCGGCACCAGCAUCACCACCUUCGAGGGCAAUCGCUCCCGCUCCCACACCAGUGAGGGAAACCGCUCUCGCUCGCACACCAACGAGGGCAACCGGAGCCGCAGCCAAACGGCCGAGAACCGUUCACACACGGGCAGCUCCAUGGACGACAACGUGGACCAAGCUGUGCCCAAGUCCACCCAAGUGUCCUGUUAAGUGGACCUUGACUCUCCAGGCACCCACACCUCUCAUGGUCCCUUCGGCUUGCGCUGCGAUGCCUCUAACCGACACACAAACGCACACAUUCCUCCGCACAUACACUCCAAUGUGGAGGAGGACACUAAGAUGGCAUACCUGGUAAUGGGCACUCACCUGUAGACUAUUUAGUGCAGGUGAGAUGACCCAAUUUGAAAAUAUGAUGCUUCUGAGUGGGAGGUCAGGGUCAACUGUAUGACUGUUUUGUCAUUCUGAGGGACUCGUACAUAUCGGAGCAGAAAAUGCUCCUGAGCUCCUGUAUAUAUAUAUGUGUGUGUGUACUUAGAGGUACCGCAGCAUCUUGGGACAUCGGAACAGAGAAUGUCGGAGAAAGCUGUGGUGACGAGUACACCAGCUUGUACAUGUAUCUCUCAUAAUCUGUCAUGCAUAUUAAAAAAGUUUUUAAUUUCCAUUUCUGCAUUCCUGCAUCCCAUUUUUACCACAUUUACACAGUUUUGUAAAUGACUGUAUUAUUUUCUCACUGUAAUUGUUUAAUCAUUUAUUCUUUACUUUCCAUGUUUGGGAGUGUUGUCGUUUGUACGUGGGAGCAGAUUUGUAGAUGUGGAGAGAGGCACUUGGAUUAAUAAAAAUUGCAGUUUUUCUUAAAUUAA